UGGUCUCGUCCUCAGUUAGGCCUUUGCAGUAGGGAGUUGUUUGGCGGACCCAACAAGUUUGUCUCUGACUUUGGGUCUUUUAUAUCCAGGAAUAGGAUUGAAGAAACUCUCAAACUUCAACAUAUUUGAUCUCCGGGGGUGUCUGGGCUGUCGAAGGGCCACAAAAAGCAGGAGUUUAGCGGACCAAACCGAGGAGGGAAGGGAGUCAUCGGUGAAUCUGAGCGUUCGCGGCGGAGCUUAUGAUGCCGACGUUGCGAGACAGCACCAUGUCCCACCCCGGCGAGAAUUCCCACCAAGUCCGGGUCAAGGCUUACUAUAAGGGGGACAUCAUGAUCACACAUUUUGAACCCUCCAUCUCGUACGAGGGCCUCUCCGGGGAGGUGAGGGACAUGUGCUCCAUGGAGAACGACCAACUCUUUACCAUGAAGUGGAUCGACGAGGAAGGUGACCCCUGCACCGUGUCUUCUCAGCUGGAACUGGAGGAAGCUCUGCGUCUCUAUGAGCUCAACAAAGACUCGGAGCUCAUUAUUCACGUGUUCCCGUGUAUCCCAGAGAAGCCGGGGAUGCCUUGUCCAGGAGAAGACAAGUCCAUAUAUCGCCGUGGCGCCCGGCGCUGGAGGAAGCUUUACUACGCGAGCGGCCACGUUUUCCAGGCCAAGCGUUUUAACAGGCGAGCUCACUGUGCCAUCUGCUCCGACCGCAUUUGGGGUCUGGGACGCCAAGGAUACAAAUGCAUCAACUGCAAGCUGCUGGUGCACAAAAAGUGCCACAAACUGGUGACGAUGGAGUGCGGCAGGCCGGUGAUGCAGGACCCGUUAAUGCCCGGCCCCCCAUCAGGUCCCUUAGAACUGGCUGAUCAGCAAGGCUCCCACCACAAAGAUUCACGAGAAAGUUUGGAGGACUAUGUGGAGGAGAAGGAGGCCCGCAGCAGCAGAGACGCCGGGAAGUCGCCCUCCAGCCUGGGCCUGGCAGACUUUGACCUCCUGCGGGUCAUCGGCAGAGGCAGCUACGCCAAGGUGCUGCUGGUGCAGCUGAAGAAGACGGAGCGCAUCUACGCCAUGAAGGUCGUGAAGAAGGAGCUGGUCAAUGACGACGAGGACAUCGACUGGGUCCAAACGGAGAAGCACGUCUUCGAGCAGGCGUCCAACCACCCCUUCCUGGUCGGCCUCCACUCCUGUUUCCAGACGGAGAGCAGACUCUUCUUCGUCAUCGAGUACGUGAACGGCGGAGAUCUCAUGUUCCACAUGCAGAGGCAGAGGAAGCUUCCGGAGGAGCACGCCCGGUUCUACUCGGCUGAGAUCAGCCUGGCGCUGAACUACCUGCACGAGCGAGGGAUCAUCUACAGAGACCUGAAGCUGGACAACGUGCUGCUGGACUCUGAGGGACACAUCAAGCUCACCGACUACGGCAUGUGCAAGGAGGGCCUGAGGCCCGGCGAUACGACCAGCACGUUCUGCGGCACCCCCAACUACAUCGCCCCCGAGAUACUGCGAGGCGAGGAUUACGGCUUCAGCGUGGACUGGUGGGCGCUGGGCGUGCUGAUGUUCGAGAUGAUGGCGGGCCGCUCGCCGUUCGACAUUGUCGGCAGCUCUGAUAACCCGGACCAGAACACAGAAGACUAUCUCUUCCAGGUGAUACUGAACAAACAGAUCAGAAUUCCCCGCUCGCUGUCCGUCAAAGCCGCCAGCGUCCUCAAGGGGUUCCUCAACAAGGAUCCCAAGGAGCGCCUGGGCUGCCAUCCUCAGACCGGCUUCGCUGACAUCACGGGUCAUCCGUUCUUCAGGAACGUGGACUGGGAUCUUUUGCAGCAGAAGCAGGUGGUUCCUCCUUUCAAGCCCAACAUCUCAGGAGAAUUUGGACUGGACAACUUUGACGCUCAGUUCACCAACGAGCCCAUUCAGCUCACCCCUGAUGACGAGGAUGUGGUGAAGAAGAUCGAUCAGUCUGAGUUUGAAGGCUUCGAGUACAUCAACCCUCUGCUAAUGUCUGCGGAGGAGUGUGUGUGACCCCCCCCCAGCACACACAUCCCCAUACCAGGUCACCCCCACCUGAACAGUCAUUUGCCAAAAGCAGCUUCUGUUUCUGCCAUCUCCACCGCGUGCCCUUAAGCCCCGCCUCCUCCGAAUCUGCCCCCCUUAUCUGUUGACACGUUCUUCCUAGCUUGGGGGGGGGGGGAUCAAGCACUUCCUGUGACAGGCUGAGCAUCCCCUCCUCCUGUGGGAGGGGGUUCAACGCAUAUAUUAUUUGUACAUAAAAUCCUUCACUGAAGACAAACGUUGAACGAGGUCUUCACCAGCACGACCUUUCAAAAUAAAAGAAUCUGGAUGUUUUGACGGGAAGAGUCGGCGCCGCCCUGAGCGAUUCCGGUCCCUCCCCCGGGAUGAAGGAACCCCAGCUGAAAGCUCUCAAACUGUGAAUGAAAGACGGCGGGAGAGGACCGGAAGAGCCGGACCAGACGCCUUCCCCACGGCGUUCCUCGCUCAGACGGGCCGGAGUGGGCAGAUGACCCGAGGACGCCGCGGACGCCGCCAUCCUGGCUCCUAGAAUCUAUGUUUCUGUUUCUUCCUCUUUUUUUUAUGCUGCCUUUCAGAAACUUUUCCAUUUUCAUUCCAUGUGUUUUUGUUCUGAGAGACUUUUGAAACACGGGUUCUGUUAGCGGUCCAAACGGUUCUGAUCCCUGAUGCUGCUCUGACACUCCCCUCCUCCCCCAUCGUCCUGACUCCUAACACGCCUACAAAGCAUUCAUUUCCCCUAACCCCCCCCCAAACCAGUGGACACAUAGUGACGGCGCCCAAGUCUUCCUGUCAGCUUCCAAAGCGCGUGCAGACGGCGGUGGACGGAGGAGGAGGAGCUCCGUUUGCUCGAUGGUUACAUUUUGGAUGGAUCCCCACCUGUUACUGCGUCGACCCGACGGGGACGGUUCUGUUUGUGUUUCUGUGGAUGUUCCUCAUCCCAAAGGCUUUAUAUUAUUAUUAUUAUUAGUGCUGAAUGAAAGUACCGUUGGCAGAAUAAACAUUUUAUUUCUC